CAGUGUUUUUAUCGGAGCGUCUUGAGUUUUGUGCAAAAGGCAGUGGAGACCGAUUAAGAGUUGUUUGUUUGUACGCACGCACGCACCAUGAAUGUGACGCUCGCCGUAAAGCAGUACAUCUCUAAGAUGAUCGAGACCAGCGGAUCUGGAAUGAAGGUUCUACUAAUGGACAAAGACACGACAAGCAUUGUGAGCAUGGUCUACACACAGUCUGAGAUCUUACAGAAGGAAGUCUAUCUGUUUGAACGCAUUGACUCCCAGAACAGAGAAACCAUGAAGCACCUGAAGGCCAUCUGCUUCCUACGACCCACAAAGGAGAAUGUGGAACAUCUUGUCCAGGAGCUGCAGAGACCAAAGUACAGUGUCUACUUCAUCUACUUCAGUAAUGUGAUCAGUAAGAGUGAGAUCAAAACUUUGGCUGAAGCUGAUGAACAGGAAGUGGUGGCUGAAGUUCAGGAGUUUUACGGUGAUUUCAUUGCAGUGAAUCCCCACCUGUUCUCCUUGAACCUGCAUGGAGUCUCCAGGGGUCGGAGCUGGGAGCCGUCCAUGUUGAGCCGCUGCACUCAGAGUCUGACCUCUGUCCUGCUGGCUCUGAAGAAAUGUCCCAUCAUCCGGUACCAGCUGUCCUCUGACAUGUCCAAACGCCUGGCUGAGAGCGUCAAGCAAAUCAUCACCAAAGAGUAUGAGCUGUUUGACUUCAGGAAGACAGAAGUUCCUCCUCUGCUGCUGAUUCUGGACCGAAGCGAUGAUGCCAUCACACCUCUGCUCAACCAGUGGACAUACCAGGCAAUGGUCCACGAGUUACUGGGUCUAAACAACAACCGCAUCGACCUGUCCAGAGUCCCCGGGAUCAGCAAAGACCUGCGGGAGGUGGUGCUGUCUGCCGAGCACGACGAGUUCUAUGCUAACAACCUGUACCUGAAUUUCGGCGAGAUCGGCACCAACAUCAAGAACCUGAUGGAGGACUUUCAGAAGAAGAAGCCGAAAGGUCAGCAGAAGCUGGAGUCCAUUGCUGACAUGAAGGCAUUUGUGGAUAACUACCCUCAGUUUAAGAAGAUGUCGGGUACGGUGUCGAAACAUGUGACAGUGGUGGGCGAGCUGUCGCGGCUGGUGUCGGAGCGUCAGCUGAUGGAGGUCUCGGAGGCGGAGCAGGAGCUAGCCUGUCAGAAUGACCAUUCCAGCGCUCAGCAGAACGUAAGGCGGCUGCUGCAGAACCCUCGGCUGGCCGAGCUGGACGCCGUCCGCCUCGUGAUGCUCUACGCUCUGCGCUACGAACGCCACAGCAGCAGUAUCCUGCCUGCACUGAUGGACGAGCUGAGCAGGAGAGGCGUAUCCGAACGGCACCGCAGGAUGGUUCAGUGUGUGGUGGAGUACGGGGGAAAGAGAGUCAGAGGAAGUGACCUCAUCACACCCACAGACGCUGUUGCCAUCACUAAACAGUUCCUCAAAGGCCUCAAGGGUGUGGAGAACGUGUACACUCAGCAUCAGCCGUUGCUGCACGACACUCUGGAUCAGCUGAUCAAAGGAAGACUCAAGGACAGUCAGUUUCCCUACCUGGGAGCCAGCAGCCUGAGAGACAGGCCUCAGGACAUCAUUGUGUUUAUGAUUGGAGGAGCUACAUAUGAAGAAGCAUUGACUGUUUACAACCUGAAUCGCAGCACACCUGGAGUUCGGAUUGUACUUGGAGGAAGUACUGUCCACAACAUGAAGAGCUUCCUGGAGGAAGUGAUGUCAGCGAUGGGUCAUGGUGGUGACAGAGUACAAGGAAGUGGUCGUCAUAGCAACAGGCGCUGAAAACAACCACAUUUGAAUUGCUGAAUACACAACAUUCCUUUUGUCUGUUUUCCAAACUUGUAAGAAUUUAAAUGAACAAUCCAAUGUUUUC